AUGUCUGCAGAAGUUAAAUCUGAUUCCCGUGGUUUAUCAAAGAUUGUGAAUGACUUUGGAAAACGAUUUGCUAGCAGAUCCACCCCAGCUGAACUUGUUCAAAAAAACAUUCUUAAAGAGGACGAGACCCAUCCAGCUAUUGUAUCAUCCUCUAUUCUUCAAACCAAACUGUCAUUGGAGGAAGAGAAGCGCAAAGACCAACUGAAUCGCAGAUUAAGCAUUCGCCCAACUAAAGUGGAUCUCAAGCUGCGCAAUAUUCUUCGCGUCGACAGUUCCCAAGACAAGAACGACGAUUCCAAUGAAGAUGCUCAAACUGAUUGUGAUGCAGGUGUUUCUCAAACUCAACAAAGCUUCGAGGUUCGAUCCGAUCAACUCAAAUCCAUCUUAAAAAAAAGACCCGAGAAAGCACAGUUGGAAGAACUGAAUAUUUUGAAAGUCGGAUACGUAGUAGACCCAUCGUUGAUUACUGCGCAAGAAAAACUAAAGCGAGCCCAAUUAGAAAAUGUACUUGAAAGUCGUCUUCGAGAACGUCCAAAUAUUGAAGAACUACAGGAAGCCAAGAUUAUUUUAUUUUCAGAAACUGUCGAGGUGCUACCCACGUUCCGCAAGAGCGAGUAUAAUCGCAAACCCGAUGCAGGUGCUACAUUUAAAAACUUGACUCCUCAGAUGAAGGUACAGAUUCGAGAGGAAUUGAAUACAUUUAAAAAAACAGAAAUGCCAGUUCACGAAGAAAGCCUUAAAAACACUUGCUUCCAUUAA